CUAUUUUUACGCGUGGACACCGGACACCAGGCUGGGGCGGCGGCGGCGGCGGCGGCCGAGGCGGGGCCGGGCCAGGUCGGGCGUCGGGGCCACACGUCCGUCCGCAGGUCGCCGGGGCUGCGCGCACCAUGGAACCCGGGUGCCCGCAGCCGUGCGGCUGCUGCGAGCGAGUGGUGCUCAACGUGGCUGGGCUGCGCUUCGAGACCCGGGCACGCACGCUGGGCCGCUUCCCGGACACGCUGCUCGGUGACCCGGUACGCCGCAGACGUUUCUACGACGGCGCGCGCCGCGAGUACUUCUUCGACCGGCACCGGCCCAGCUUCGACGCGGUGCUCUAUUACUACCAGUCGGGCGGGCGCCUGCGGCGGCCGGCGCACGUGCCGCUCGACGUCUUCCUGGAGGAGGUGGCCUUCUAUGGGCUGGGCGCCGCGGCGCUAGCGCGCCUGCGCGAGGAGGAGGGCUGCCCCUUGCCAUCGGAGCGCCCCCUGCCCCGUCGCGCCUUCGCGCGCCAGCUCUGGCUGCUCUUCGAGUUCCCCGAGAGCUCGCAGGCCGCGCGCGUGCUCGCCGUUGUCUCAGUGCUCGUCAUCCUCGUCUCCAUCGUCGUCUUCUGCCUCGAGACGCUGCCCGACUUCCGCGACGACCGCGACAACUCGGGGCUCGCCGCGGUGGCUGCAGCUGGCCCGUUUCCAACUCGGCUGAACGGCUCCAGCCCAGUGCAUGGACCCCCACCUCGCUUGCCCUUCGAUGACCCGUUCUUUGUGGUGGAGACAUUGUGCAUCUGUUGGUUCUCCUUCGAGCUGCUGGUGCGCCUGGCAGCCUGCCCAAGCAAGACAGCCUUCUUCAAGAACGUGAUGAACCUCAUCGACUUCGUGGCCAUCCUGCCUUACUUUGUGGCACUGGGUACCGAGCUGGCCCGGCAGCGGGGGGUGGGCCAGCCAGCCAUGUCACUGGCCAUCCUGCGAGUCAUCCGACUGGUACGCGUCUUCCGCAUCUUCAAGCUGUCCCGGCACUCAAAGGGCCUGCAGAUCUUGGGCCAGACCUUAAGAGCCUCCAUGCGAGAGCUGGGCCUCCUCAUCUUCUUCCUUUUCAUUGGUGUGGUCCUCUUCUCCAGCGCAGUCUACUUUGCUGAGGCCGACCGGGCAGACUCCCAUUUCACCAGCAUCCCUGAGUCCUUCUGGUGGGCAGUGGUCACUAUGACCACAGUUGGCUAUGGAGACAUGGCGCCCGUCACUGUGGGCGGCAAGAUAGUGGGCUCUCUGUGCGCCAUUGCCGGCGUGCUGACCAUUUCCCUACCUGUGCCAGUCAUUGUCUCCAACUUCAGCUACUUUUACCACCGGGAGACAGAUGGCGAAGAGGCUGGGAUGUACAGCCACGUGGACACGCAGCCCUGUUGCCCACUGGAGGGCAAGGUCAAUGGGGGGUUUGUGGAUCGAGAGGUUCCUGAGCUCCCACCUCCACUCCUCUGGGCUCCCCCUGGGAAACACAUGGUCACCGAAGUGUGAGGACAGUUGAGGUCUGCAGAACCUCACAUUUCCUUGGAGGGAGGGAGGGAGGGAAGGGAGGAAGGAAAGUUGGGGGGAGGGUGUUGGGUUUAGGAAGAACUAAGUUAAGUGGUAAUGAGUUGGGGAACACUAAGUCUUAUUGGGUCUUGAGUUGUGGAUUGGUAGCUCCUGUGGGUACCUCCUGAGGUGACAGUGAAUGGCAAUGGGUUAUGCUGAUUUGAGGGGGGGGCUCCAUCAGUUUGUAUUGCAUUGGGUUGUGUAAAGCUUGGGGUAGUGUGGAGAUAGGUUUUGUCACAUAAUUUUGUGAGUUUCUUAGUUCCAUGUUGGGUCGGGUUGGGUUACGAGUGUAGGUGAGUCUUGUCCAAGUGCAUUAUGCAGGAUUCUGUGGUUUUAUGAGUCCCCUAGGGCCAUGUUGGAUCAAGUAAGGUGGUCACCCACGGCACUGUUGGGACUGAUUGUGUGUUCAUGCAUGGCACUAUAGAGUUGGGUUGAGACACUGGAAACUGCGUGGCUUUGUGAUUCUUCUAGGGCCAUGUUAUUUUAAGUUCUGUGAACUUGUGAGUCAUGUAGAAAUACGAAGAGUCAUGUGAUAGAAUGUGAGCUUUCUAGGUCAUAUGAGGUUAAGUUGGGUUGGAAUGUAUGAGCAUAGGAGUCUUUCAGGGUUCUGUUGCGUUGAACUGUGUAGAGUUAUAUGGCUAGAAGUUUGUCGGGGCUACAAUGAGUUGAGUCGUAAUGAGUUGUAUAAUCAUGUGAACCUCGUAGGACCAGUUCAGUUGGGUCAUACAACUGUUUGAUUUGGGUUACAUCAAGUUCCGUCCUUGAGUCCUGGAGGAACGUUGGGUUGAGCUGGACUGUAUGUACGAGCACCACAGGGCCAGGCCAUACUGGUUUGUUUUGCAUUUAGUGGUAGCGCCAGGACCCAAGGAUAACAGCACUGGGAAGGAAUCAUGUGUCAAGGAGUGAAUAUGGUACGUGGACUCUAGGAGACCAACUGAACUGGCUUGCCCAGUGUCAUCCCCAUAAGGGGCAGGGCUAAGUUCUGUAUUUGUAGAUUCAGUUGGUCACACAGAAGGCUUCUGGGUGACCUUGGAAGAUGUAGAUGCCCCUUCCGUUUACCCCACACCUGCUUUGUUUUGCCAUUCAAACCCCUUCUCUAUCUGUCUUCCCAUAGAGUUUUCCUUCCAGACAUGGAGAUCAGAGCCACAAGGGAAGGGGAAAGGGGGAGAAACUGUACUCUGUUCAGACAUGAUGGGGGGAUAGAAACCCAAAGGAGGGGGACAGAGAGCUGGGGAGGGAUAGAGACCCAGAGAAAGAAAGAGAAAGAAACCCCAAGAGGGGAAAAAGACCCAGAGAGAGGGGGAGACAGAGACCCAUAGGGGGCAGGUAUCAGGAACCCAGAGAGCACGGGACAGAGACCCAGAGUUGGAAAGAGACCAGAGCACCCCAGAGAAAGAGAACCAAGAAAGAAAAAGGCAGAAAAAGUCAGUGCCCCUGAACCUGAGAGAGAUGCACAGUGUAUUCCAUGGAAUCACAAAGGGAUCCCAAAUCAGGAUGCACCACCCUACCCUCCCGCAGCUCAAGAAGUGUGUCAGACAAACUGCAGGGCCCACUCUAUCUUCCUGGGGAGAAAGCAGUGUCUCAGAGCAUGGGAGUGGCUUCCCAAGGUCGCGUGGCUUGUCCCCGGGGAGGGAUGGGGGGCUGGACUUGUGGCCUGCUGCUUGACCCUACAUGUCCCCAUCAGCCUGCUGGUCUGCACAGGACUUCCCGAGUCUAACAGCCUCAUUUCUCACAAAUGAGGAAACUAAGGCUCGAGGGAGGUGGGGGGUUACCCAAGGUCAGAGGUCUUUCAGUACUAAAAGGGCAUUUGGAGGAGAAAGAAGAGGAGGAUGGUUACAUCAUUAACAU